CUCUCUCUCUCUCUCUCUCUCGGUUGCUUCCAAAAGAAAAACCAGCCGGGUUUCCCGAGCGCGAGUCGCAACCACCCCAGUAAAACCCAAGCCGAGCACCAACCUAGCAGCGCACACACAGACACCAGCAGCUACCGGACCACACCACGGCAAGAAAUGCCGCCUCCCUUUCCACUCCGCUACCUCGCUCCUCUUCAGCCCCAUGAACGCCAGCAUUAGCGCGACAGCACGACGAGCGGCGGUGCCAUGGACCUGGGCGGGGUGGUGAUGGCGGCCGUGGACCCGGGCGGUGCCUCGGAGCUGGGCCUGCUCGGCGGCGGAUCUAGGCUGCUCAAGCACGGGCGGGGCAAUGCGGCGGCUGGGAGCGACGAGCACGGGUGGAGCAGGGCGAAGCAGGCCAGGGUGGUGGCCGCAGGAGACGUGUCGGAGGCCGCCAAGGCGGCGGCGGCGCCGUUCUUGCUCGGGUCAUGCAGCCCCGGGCACGGCGGGGAGCACAUGCUCAGCUUCUCGUCCGCAGCGUCCUCAUGCCCCUCCAGCGCUGCAGCCGCCGCUGGUGCUGCUGCUGAUGGGGCGAUGCCGCUGUACUACGGAACCCCUGCUUCUUGCUCAGGAUUGAGCUCAGUGAGCUUGAGCACCAGCAUGCCGGGAGCAAUGGCCAGGGUGAGGGGCCCCUUCACACCGUCUCAGUGGAUCGAGCUGGAGCACCAGGCCCUGAUCUACAAGUACCUGGCUGCCAACAGCCCCAUACCUCACAGCCUUCUCAUUCCCAUCAGGAGGAGCCUCGCAUCAUCCCCCUACUCGCCUGCUUACCUCGGCACAAGCACAUUGGGAUGGGGGUCUUUCCAGCUGGGCUACUCCGGCAGCGCGGAUCUGGAGCCCGGGCGGUGCCGCCGAACCGACGGCAAGAAAUGGCGGUGCUCGAGGGACGCGGUCGCCGACCAGAAGUACUGCGAGCGACACAUGAACCGGGGACGCCAUCGUUCAAGAAAGCAUGUGGAAGGCCAGCCUGGCCAUGCCGCGAAAGCGAUGUCCGCGGCGGUGGCGGCUGCUGCUGCCUCUGCUGCUACCCAGCCUGGUACUCUGGCUGACUCCGGCGCCGGAGCUGCUGCUGCUGGCCUCAUUGUCAAUCAGCACCAGCAGCCGGUAAAGAGCUAUGCCGCGGGUGCGAGUGAUCCUUGCUCUCUGCAAUAUAACAGGGAACUGGUGAACAAACAGAACGAGAGCGAAAACAUACAGGACUCUGACAAUCUCUCCAUGCUGACUUCCAUGAAUACGAGAGACACAGGCAACCUCUUUCCAUUAUCAAAACAGAACAAUCCUUUUGAAGUGAUCAGCUCAAGGCCAGAUUUUGGCCUUGUUUCAUCAGAUUCACUGAAGAGCUCUCCUCAUAACUCCUUGGAGAAUGUCAAUUUUCUCACUUCACAGAGUCUGAAUGAACACCAGAGUUCAGCUUCCCUGCAACACUUUGUGGACUGGCCCAGGACACCUGCUCAGGGAGGUCUUGCAUGGCCUGACGCUGAAGACAUGCAAGCUCAGAGAACACAGCUCUCGGUAUCUGCUCCAAUGGCGGCGUCUGAGCUAUCAUCGGCCUCUACAUCUCCCAUCCACGAGAAGCUAAUGUUAUCACCUCUUAAGCUGAGCCGCGAGUAUAGUCCUUUUGGUCUCAGCAUUGCAGCAAACAGAGAUGAAGUGAGCCAGGUAGAAGCAUACUGGACGCAGAUGUUCCGUGAUUCUUCGAUCGGCGGGCCAUUAGGGGAGGUUUUGACCAAGAACGGUAACACAGAAUCAAGGAAUUGCCUGUUGGCGCCUCUGAACCUUCUAACUGAUUGCUGGGAUUCAAGCCCAGGGAUGGAGUCAUCCCCUGUAGGAGUUCUGCAGAAGACCACCUUUGGAUCAGUCUCCAGUAGCACCGGGAGCAGCCCUAGGAUGGAGAAUCACAAUGCUUACGAUGGUAUCAGCAUCCUUCGGGAUGAUCUCGGCUCAAUUGUAGUAAGUCAUCCGAGCAUCCGCCUUCUGUGAGAUUGCGACCACGAAAAUUGCAACAAGGCGGCAGGCAUAAAGAAGCAAAUCAGCCAACUUCAGCUUGUUUCUUGUUUCAUAUCGAUAUGGUAAUCCAUAAGCGCGAGCGAGCAUUUACCUGGUGGUUUGUCAUUUGAGGCUGAUCUCCUGUUUUUGCCAUUUCAGUUCCUUCGUUUACCUUUUUAACUUGGCUUUGUAACUUUCACCUUCCUUGGAUCGUGAAGUGCUGUGAUGUGUGGUGUGGAUGGAUUUGGUGCACCGUUGUUGCAUAUUAUCUGAUAAUAUUCAUUAUGCGAUCAUA